AUGCAAGGAUUGACCGAACGAGAUGUGGAGUUUAUUGUCGAAGAGGCUAUUAUCAAAAAACAAUGCAAACAACUUAAACUAAAUCAGACGAAAUUAAAAUCACCAAGUGCUUUCAUCUUAGCUAAUGUAUUAAGCAAUAAUGAUAACAUUUUGCAAGAACUUUCUUUAUAUGGUAAUCGCAUAGAUGAUGAAGGUGUUCAUUAUUUAGCUAAAGCAUUAUCAAUUAAUAAUAAUAAUCUGAAGAUAUUAGAUCUAACUAAAAAUGAAAUUACAAAUGUGGGUGCAAAAUAUCUUGCAGAAAUGAUUAAAACAAAUGAAACACUGACAACACUUUUAGUUGCCGGUAAUCUAAUAGGUAAUGGAGGUAUUCAAAUCUUAGCCAAUGCAAUACAAUAUUAUAGCAAAACUAUGAUAGAAUUUGAUUUCUGUACAAAUGAAUUAGUUAACGAUUCAAUUGUCGAUUCUCUUAUUCAAUUGAUUAAAUAUAGUCCAUCAUUGAAACAAUUAUCUUUAUUUAGAUGUAGUUUAUCUCAAAAUAGCAAAGAUAAACUUAUUAAAAUGCAAAAAAGAAAAGAAGAUUUCGUAUUACACGUAUGA